AUGGCUGACGCAGUCAUGCAUACUUCUGCUGCUCCUGCCCUCACUGUUCCAUCCGAUAACGGUUCUACUAGCACCGACACCAUCAAAGCAGAGGAGCCGGAACCUGAGAAACGGCUGUGUCCCAAGGAGCACAUCGACAUUGAGCAGCCUUUUAAAACUUUGAACGCCAUACCGACCAUCGUUGAGCCAGUGAAGUUCUUGGGCGCCUGGAAAGCAAGUGUAUGCGCUGACUUUGGAACUCAGUGGGAACGGUAUCGUACCAGCAUUUCGACCUACGAAGACCAGAUCGCCGAACAGAUGCUGGACCUCCUCUUGAACGUUCGUGCCUGGUCUGAGGCGCGUCCUACCUACGAAGACGUGAAAGGGGAGACGGACUUGAGAAAACGGCUGGACGAGAUUGAUAAGCGCCAAGCACAGCAAGGUAGAGAAGCUCUCUUCCAGAUCACUCGCAAGAACGUUUUCAAUUUCAUCGACACUGUUCGCAAAGCCAUCGUCAAUCUGACGAACAUUGGUAACACUCUUCCGGUCUGA